UUUUAGGUGUUUCCUCUGUAGCGCAUAUUUGUAUAUUCAGAGUGAUAUGUCUAUUUUGUAAUAUAAAAACAUAAUUUUAAUAUUCCCUUUUACAUUGAUCAGACCUGUAACAUUUCACUUUUGAGCUCAUUCUCCAAAUCAUUACAAUAUCCAAAUCACUUCCUCAAGCUGGUUCUGACCCAGAAACCCAAAGACAGGAACACUGCUGCUCCAUAAUCCUUCAUUCUUACAACUGAGCUUUUCCAAGGGCUCCUAUCUCAUCAAGACAACUGAGGAAUUAUUCACUAAUAUAUCUAAAUUGGUUUUUUGUUGCUGAAGAAAAUUUGGAAAAAGAAUAGUGAAACUUUUUUAUAUCCACUUUUGGUCACAAUCCAAGCAAUGGAUUUUCAUUGAGUGACUAAGAAGACAGAUUUGUUUCUUCUCAGCGCUCUCCGAUAAGAGCUGUUUGCCUGCUGAUGUUGGCUGAUUGACUGUGCAUUGCCAGUUGUCUAUUUCAUGGUGGCCCGACACUUUAGAUUCUUACGGGAGGAUGGAUAAUACCUACAAAUCUAAACAAAACGGAGGACACUCAAAUCUCAGCAGACUUUUGCUGCUGCUGCUUCUGGCAGGGCUUCAGCCAGUACAGUCUUCAGAUGGAGAGCAGCCCGAACUAGAUGAUGAUGAUAAGGAAGGAGUGAAAGUAUCAAUUAUUGGUCUGGACUACGUGACAGUGGGUGUGCCUAGCAGCGUUGAGUGUGAUGCCAACUGCCCUGCGUGUACCUAUUCUAUGUCUUUGGAUGUACAGAGUGCCCAGGGUCAGGGCAAUGUACUAGCCUUCACUGUAAAUAGUUGGGUGGAGUCUUUAACAGUGACAUGUAAUGCCACAAAUGAAGACACAGAGAUGACUGCCACGACAACAAAGCAAUUGCAGGUGUUAGCUGGACCUGCCAACAUUUCCAUCACAGGCCCUGAUUUAAUGAAUCCAACAGUGAGUCACACCUACAGCUGCCAUGCCUACUGUCUGCCAACUUGUACCUACGCCUGGAAAACAAAUAGUGGCCCAUGGAUUAGUGGACAAGGGAACGUGAUUUCUGUCACUACUCAGGAGAUGGAAAAUUCCAAACUUCUCAUCUGCAAAGCCACCAACAGUGUGUCUUGGCUGUUUGUCACUGCUACUCGAAACAUAACUGUAAUAUAUCGGAACCUGUCCAAUCGUGUUGAGGCUUCAAGAGUGCUGCUGUUGGCCUUCAUUAUUCCUGCUGCCUUUAUCCUAUCUAUCUAAUGCAGGUGAGGCUCUUACAGUAGCAUGGGAGAACUAUGAUCCCAGCAAUAUGAUUUGCUUGGGUGCUUUAUUAUUUUAUUGUUAAUUUGUCUGUUUAGUGGAUCCCACCAUAUUAAUUCACUAACAUUUUACUUAUUAAUACUAUCGUAAUUGUUAUUAACUGAAAGUCUAAUUUUUUAUUAUUUUUUUAACCAAAAUUUAGGUGUGGUAGUAGGUACUAACUUGUUGUUCUUACCAUCAUAAAAAUAAUUUCUCUCUUUGUCUCUCUGUGUUAGUCUCUGUCAGAUCUUUAGGUUCUUUGAAUUACUGUGGUUCUGUGAUUUGUGACGAAGAAAGGCAGUUGAAUUGUGGGGAAUUAAUGACUCACACACCGACAAUCUUACUCUGCAUAUUUUUAUUUUACAAUUGUCUCAUAUGUUGACAGUGGGCUUAACCCUGUUUGCACUUUGUAGUAAGUGAAGUGGAAAGUUACUUAAAUAUCAAAGCAUGGAGAAGGGAGUGAACACAUUUUAUGUCAGAAUUAGUUGAUCUGUGAAUUUAUUUGUAAGAUUCUUCUGCACUGAUACAGUUGAAAUGUUGAAAAAUGUAUGUCUGUGCAUAAAUAAAACUGAUAACUUACACAACAAAAGUCAGACACUUUUUCUUUAGUUAUAAUCCUAUGUACAAAACAAUCUGUCUCCUACUUGAAAUUAAAUCUUAAAUAAAUCCAACAUAUCAUUGUAGUUGUUUCCAUACUUGAGAGACAGAGAGGUGUUCUCAGUUAUAUUUCUGCUCAGACUGUUGGGUGGAGCUAUGCUGGAAAUUACGAAAGGUCACUAAACUUAAUGAACCAAUAAAAAUCAUAAAGGUGUAAUUAUUUCCACUCUAAGGAC